CUGGCUACAGCGUUGCUUCGGCAACGCGACGCACAGGCGGGAGAGGGACGCGGUGGUCGUUUUAAGGCAGGCGGGGGCGGGGUACUCCAGAAGUCCGGGAAGCAAUGCAAUGUCCAAACCGAAGAAUCAGUGUUCUAAGGGCCAUGGCACACCAAAGGCGAAAGAGCGGGACCAGAAAGUAUGUAUCCGAUUCAAGUGCUCGGUCAUGAAUACUCUUACAGACGUCCUCCGCCACAGGCCUGGAUGGGUGGAAGUGAAGGAUGAGGGGGAAUGGGAUUUCUACUGGUGUGAUGUCAGCUGGCUUCGAGAGAACUUCGACCAUACCUAUAUGGAUGAACAUGUCCGAAUCAGCCACUUCCGAAAUCACUAUGAGCUAACGAGGAAGAACUACAUGGUAAAGAAUCUGAAACGCUUUCGGAAGCAGCUAGAGAGAGAGGUGGGCAAACUAGAAGCAGCUAAGUGUGACUUCUUCCCUAAGACCUUUGAACUGCCUUCUGAUUAUCAUCUCUUCGUGGAAGAAUUUCGAAAAACUCCCGGCAUCACCUGGAUCAUGAAACCGGUGGCCAGGUCCCAGGGAAAAGGCAUUUUCCUUUUUCGGAAGCUCAAAGACAUCAUGGACUGGAGGAAGUUGGGGCUUUGUGUCUGUCAGGAUGUGGGCCGCCCCGAUGACCAGAAAGAUGACAUCGCGGUGGAGAACUAUGUAGCUCAACGUUACAUCGAGAAUCCUUAUUUGAUAGGAGGGCGCAAAUUUGACCUGCGAGUGUACGUCCUGGUGAUGUCUUACAUCCCCCUUCGGGCCUGGUUAUAUCGAGAUGGCUUCGUUCGGUUCUCCAACACCCGCUUCACGCUGAGCAGUAUUGAUGAUCACUAUGUUCACCUCACCAAUGUUGCUGUGCAGAAGACAUCCCCCGACUAUGACCCAGAGAAGGGCUGCAAAUGGAUGAUCCAGCGAUUUCGCCAGUACCUGACUUCCAAGCAUGGCCCCGAGGCUGUGGAGACGCUCUUCCAGGACAUGGACAACAUCUUCAUCAAAAGCCUGCAAAGUGUGCAGAAAGUCAUCAUCAGUGAUAAGCACUGCUUUGAGCUAUAUGGCUAUGACAUUCUCAUCGACCAGGACCUCAAACCGUGGCUUCUUGAGGUCAACGCCUCCCCAUCCCUCGCUGCCAGCAGCCAAGAGGACUAUCAGCUCAAGACUUGUCUUCUGGAAGACACACUGCAUAUUGUAGACAUGGAGGCCAGGCUCACAGGAAAGGAAAAGAGAGUUGGCGGCUUUGACCUCAUGUGGAACGACGGACCAGUCAGCAGAGAAGAAGAGGGCAUCGACACGUCAGGGACAGGGAACUUUGUGGCCAACACCCACCUGGGCUGCAACAACGAUAGAAAGAAACAGCUGAGACAGCUCUUCCGUUCACUUCACAGCCAGAAGAAAGUUACCAGCUAAUCAUGGCGGGCCAGGGAAAAAUUGAGCCCACGCAGGUGCCCAGUGACCCCUCCCAAUUUUGGAGCCGUGCCUCCAGUUUCUCUCAGGCCUGCCAACUAGUUUUGCUGGCUCAGCAUGUCAUCAACCAUUAGCCUCCUGGAGCUGGCUCCAGGGUGUGCUGCGGGUGAAGCGUGCUCAGGAGCUGUGCCAAUCUGGGAAGCUGGAUGGAUUUGUGACCUUGAAGGGGUUAGUCUGCAUUGGUUAUAUGAUCAGGAACUAAGAAUUUGACCUAUACAGAGAAAUGCAGCAAGCCUUGCAGUCCUAGAGAGAACGUUAUUAAUAAAAGCAAAUCAUCAA